AUGAUGUCCCUGAAGACGAUCUUUUUGAUGGGCGCUCCAUUGCCAAGCAGUUUGGAUUGGGAUCAUGAUCAACUUCUCAAUGCAGCCAUGCAGCCGUUCCAAGACAGACACUCGCCGGAACUACAAAGAACUUCAACAGACCAAGGGCCUAUAAGCUCCAGCCAACGACCCGCCAAGUGGAGGGUUCUCCAGCCUCGGCUGCUCGAAAGACCGAAUGUUCAUCAUGAUUUUUACUAUGGGACAGAACAUCCCAGCUUCUUGAUUUCCAAUCAAUUGAUGACUGCAGAGAAUGAUUCCUCGCAGGAGGAAGACUCGAUACUUUCCGAGUUCUACGACCGUUCAUUUCAGGUGCAUGAAACACAGGAGAUCUCACUCUCAAGACUACAAGAAUAUUCCACACAAGAAAACAGAGCAGCACUGGAGAGUAUAGAAGUAUCUACUACCUGCGCUCCUACCGAACAAGACGGGCAUGCCAUACCUUCUUUCCGCAUUCCAGGCUCUCUUUCCGAUCUACAGGAUCUCCCCACUGCGAGUUAUCUAGAGUCCAUCACGCCACAGACGAUCACGGUCAACCUGAUUGUUGGAAUCAUUGCUGUCCAUCCACCGCGGCGCGUGGUGACUCGCCAAUGGAAAAGUGAAUUUGAUAUCAUCGAAAUGGUUGUCGGGGACGAGACAAGAACUGGCUUUGGGGUCAACUUCUGGCUCCCAGCGGCAAAGCCAUUGGCCGCCAAGACCCAUGAGGCCGAUCGCCUUGGUCGAUCACUUGCUAUGCUCCGUCCACAAGACAUCAUCUUGCUUCGAACUGUAGGGCUCGGUUCCUUCCGGGAUCGGGUCUACGGGCAGAGUCUACGCGGCGGGAUGACCCAAGUUGACUUAUUGCACCGGCAGCCAGUAGAUGUGACGGAUGCGGGUGGGCUAUUCGAAGGUAUUCUCCAACGGAGUAGCUUUCCCGACACUUCAAUCGCCGAUCUGUCGCUAGAAAAGGCUCGCAGAGUACGAGAAUGGAUCCUCCGGUUUGUGAGUGCGACGACGGAUGCAGCAGGCGGUCACCUCUCCGGAAUGUCUCAGACACAACGUGGCCAUCGACUGCCCCCGGACACGCAGUAA